AUGUACGAGUUCCAUUUCGCCACGUUCAGCGAGAGGCAGGCGGAUAUCGGCAAGCGGAUACGUAUCGCUACGUACGACAAGAAGGUUUUCCUUAACAAGGUGCGAUGCAGCCGGUUGGCAUCUAGGCUUUUUAAAGGUUUAUAAAGUACGAGGAACACGUGGCCGUUAAGGACACCUACACCGAUGUGUCGGUGCACCAUCAGCGACGACGCGACAGAUGGUACUUAUUUGUAAACAUCAUCGCAUACGUCAUCGUCCUGAUAUUUAAAUUUCAUUUUUUGGAGGAAAUAGUUUAUUCCAUUUUUUAACAUAAUUGUAACAUUUUUACAAAAUAUUUUAAUAAAUAAUAAAGUUAUUAACGAAGAUAAAUCAAUGCAUCGUACGUAUUUCACUAAAAGCCCAUAUAUAGGCCAGGGUAAAAGGCUUUUUUAGGCCAGUCCAACGGCCCACUUGAGUGGGCUAGCCUUGACGGGCAAAGGCCCUGUGAAGCCCAUUAAGACAUUCCCAAAACUACGUGGCCCAAACUCUAAGUUGGGCCUAGAACGUAUUGUGGUUAACGGGCUGGGCCCAUUAUUCGGAUAUAUACGGCCCAUGAGCCUAUUUCCACCGCCACGAUGACCCUUCCUUCGACAACCUCAAAGCCCUCACAAGUCCGCGAGGUUUUCCUUCCCUCUCCGGCGGUUCCCCUUCUCCGGCCGGCUUCCAAUCCUGCGGCGGCGGAGCCGCUCCUCCAUCGCCAGCCGGACCUCAGGUUGAAGCUGCCUGGCCGAGCGCUGCAGCUGCAGAGAAAAUGAUAAAGAGGCGCUUCUACAAGGUAGAGCACCCCGACAAUGACGGUUCUUCUUCGUCCUCCUCCUCUUCGGAGUCCGAUGACGAAGUAGAGGAAAGAGAGGAGGAAGAGACGCCGGGGGAAGAAGAGGAUGAGGAGAAGGAAGUACCGGCGGACGAGUGGCGGAAACGGUUUUCCUUAUCUGACGGUUCCUCUGGUCAGUUCUCUACUGAUUAUCUCGUUCUAGUUUCAUCGCCUCAGAGCUUCAUAUGUUGUUCACAGUCUUGUUUCAUGUCAUCUCCUGAUUUAUUAUCUAUAGACUUUUUGAAAUUUAUUUAUGUUUCUUUUUAUAAGAGUGACUGGAUUGUCUCUGGUAACAAAAUUUGCUGCUCACUUCUCAAUUCUUGAUCAGUUUAAAUCACAGCUUGGCAUCUCAUUUCACCUCAUGUUUUCGCAAUGAUAAAUUGUAAGAAAUGAAAUGAUAUAUUGGCGAAAUGGAACGAGGAAGACUGAAAAUAAAAUCUCCUUGUUCGAGGAGCCCAUCGUUCGAGAGGAUCAGAGCAAGUUCUUCUUCCGUCCCUUCAUCUAGAAGGCCUACCCACAUCUCCCCUUUCGUAGCCUAUCAAUUGCUUGACGGGAAAUAAGGUUUUCAUUUUAAUAUACUAUCGUUUCAAUGAAGCCCGUUCUUUUUCCACCCAUUAGCAUAAUGCAGUGGGCAUGGGAAAGAUGGACGCUUCAUCCUUACGUCCAGAACUGUGUGCAGAAACAGUCUUCCUUUCUAGGGUUUCGGCGACAUGAUUAUGUAACUCGUUGAUCGUUUAAUCAUAUUUUUCCUGUGUGGCAUUUUUAAGACAGUUUGGGGUCUCUUUCUUCCGAUAAUUACAUUAUUUUAUUGCUUUUCUUGAUUCCCUAUGCUAUUGAAACUCCUGUUCUUGCUAUACAUUUGUUGAUCACAUUUCGUUUUCUUUUCCCUUGAUGAUAGCAUCUGGAUAUGAGAGCGAGGAUAGCUCAGGAAAUGAGAUCAGUUGUGACUCGACAGGUUUUUCUCUCUUUCCCUCUGCAUAGUUUAUCCUGGAGUACUCAAAGUUCUUCCAGGAUAUCUAGUUUUUAAAUUGUUUUAUGAUAUGAUUACUCAUUUAAUUUUGAAACUAUCCCUUCAUUCAUUUUUCGUGUAAAAAGCUUCUCGGAGUCGGAAAUUUACUAUCCUCUGACGUUUUUUUUGUGCCUAUAUUCUGUAUUUCGUCAUUCCCCUAUUUAUAUAUUUUUUUAAAAUCUAGAUUAGAGAUUUAACUAAACACUAUUCAAGAUUUCUCUUAUUAAGAUAUAUUUUAUGAUUGUAUUUUAUACAAAAUUGACGUGGGAGAUCUGCUGAUCUGCUCAGGUUUACCGGUUAAUGACAAUGAAGAUGACAGUGGAAAAGACAAGGAAAGCCGCAGAUCUAGUCAACGCGCUCAUGAAGGCCGUCCUGGUGAAGCUGCAGGAUUUGCCUCUAAAAAUGACGCCGAGGUAGAUGAUACAGAAGAGCUGAUCGAGUCUGAAAUGAGUAACUGCGUGCUGAAGCACAAGUCAGUCUUCAAGUGCAGGAUCUGCCCAAGAAUCGUCUGCCUGUCUGAGAGCACUCUGCUGGCACAUCUUAAAUCGAAGGUAACCCACCAUGAGGGCCUGCAAUCAAGCUCUCUGUGAAUACAUGAAACACUGGAUCCAGAUAAUGAUAUGCUAAUCCUGUUCCUGCCAGGACAUGAUACUCUGGAUGGUCUGGCUCUGAAUGAAAUCCAGUCGGGUUGCAAAUUUCUACCCAUCUGGGGUUGCCUAUGUUGGUCUAGUCUCUUCACAAUCGAUGAAGAUACAUGAUUAUUUUGAAAAAAAAUAGAGGAAAUUCCUGUCAUAGACGAGAUGAAUAUCUUCGAUUGCCUCAGAAUUCUCACUUGUUUUUUAUGAUUAUUCUAAUUACUGUUAUUUCUGCUCUGAUAGUUAUGAAUACAGCUUCUCGUAGAUUAAUUAGCUUGGAUCUUGCCGCAUAAGUGAGGUACUUGUGAAUCGGAUAUCUCCAUCUUUAGUCAUGUAACAUGAAGUCCUUCUCCUUCCACAGCGGCAUGCCAGGUCCAAGAAGUUAUUGGGGGAUGGCAGACUCAAGCUGAUGCUAAACAGUGAUGGAGAGAUUGAAGAGGAUCAAGAGACCCAUGCCGAAAGGCAUGCCAGGACCAUUGCUCUUGUACAGGUUGACUUUUGAGAACCCAUCCCUCUCCUCCCCCCCCCCCCCCCCCCUCCCGAAUGAAUGAAUAAGUAAAUAAAUAAAUAAUUGGGAUGCUCAAUUAAGGUCUAGCCCUUUAUGCUCUAUUUUUCAGAAUUCUGAAGCUCCGAAGAGAAAAAAAAGAGGGCGCCAACGUCAGAGGGAAAGAAGGAAAUUGGUAACCAUUAUUCUUCGAGAUGCCCUUAAAUUUGCCUGUUCAUUAAGGCUGGUUGACUUUAUCAAAAACUUUUUUUUCCAUUUUUCGCAGAAAUCAAGCAAUGGUUGUGAUGUGGGCAAAGGAAACCCUCCACCGAUAAAAGCAGCCAAGAAAAGACGCCACAAAGUUGAGGAUUGA